AUGGCGUUAGCUCGCGGAGAACAAAGGUUAGAGCUAUUUCUCCGGUACAGAGAGCCCAUGGAUCUCUGGGUAUGACCAAUUUCAAUCAGGGAAUCAAAUUCUAGGGUUAGGGUUUGUACACGAGAUGGAGAUGGACUAUUUGACGGAAUUUCCUCUCGCUCAUAUGGAUCGCCGUCCGAGGAAGAAGCCUAGGUUUGCUUGGGACGCCCCUCAAUCCAAUCUAAAAGCUCAGUCAGAAUUGUUUUGUGGGCAAGAUGUUGGAAAUGGGACAAGCUUUGGGCCUUCAAGGGUACUCCCAGACCAUCCUGGUCUUUUCGUUAAGGGAUUGACGCAAAAAGGCUCUCCCCCAUGGCGAGAAGACGACAAAGAUGGACAUUACAUGUUUGCGCUCGGGGAGAAUUUAACUUCUCGCUAUAAAAUCCACAGGAAAAUUGGUGAAGGUACAUUUGGUCAGGUUCUGGAAUGCUGGGAUAGGGAAACAAAGGAGAUGGUGGCUAUAAAAGUUGUGAGAAGCAUAAAGAAAUAUCGUGAAGCAGCAAUGAUUGAAAUUGAUGUGCUACACUUGCUUGGAAAGUAUGACAGAAAUGGCAGUCGUUGUGUUCAAAUUCGGAACUGGUUUGACUAUCGUAACCAUAUUUGUAUUGUGUUUGAGAUGCUUGGACCAAGCUUAUACGAUUUUCUCCGGAAAAAUAAUUAUCGCCCAUUUCCGGUUGAUCUUGUCCGCGAGCUUGGCCGACAACUAUUGGAAUGUGUAGCAUUCAUGCAUGAUAUGCGGCUCAUUCAUACCGAUUUGAAGCCAGAGAAUAUACUUUUUGUGUCUCCCGAGUACAUAAAAGUACCUGACUACAAGGUUACUCCGCGCUCACCAAGAGAGGGAAUCUUUUAUAAAAGGUUGCCAAAGUCCAGUGCCAUAAAGGUUAUUGAUUUUGGCAGCACAGCUUAUGAACAUCAAGAGCACAACUAUAUAGUCUCUACCAGGCACUACCGUGCGCCCGAGGUUAUUCUCGGACUUGGAUGGAGUUUUCCUUGUGAUUUGUGGAGUGUUGGUUGUAUCUUGGUAGAACUGUGCUCGGGAGAAGCUUUGUUUCAGACACAUGAGAACCUAGAGCACCUAGCCAUGAUGGAGAGGGUAUUAGGCCCGUUACCUCAGCAUAUGCUGAAAAGAGCAGACCACCACGCUGAGAAGUAUGUUAAAAGGGGUAGAUUGGACUGGCCAGAAGGCGCAGCCUCUCGUGAAAGUAUCAAAGCUGUUCUGAAGCUACCCCGUCUUCAGAAUCUAGUAAUGCAACAUGUAGAUCACUCAGCUGGUGAUCUUAUUGACCUUUUGCAAGGUCUCCUUAGAUAUGACCCUUUCCACAGGCUAACAGCUUGUGAAGCCCUUAGACACCCUUUCUUUACCAGAGAUCUUUACAGGAGAUUCUAGUUGAAGAGGUUGUUAUUUUACAUCCCUGUGUUGUUGUCAUGUUUGAUUGGAGUGAUUCACCGAUUUACGGCUUAGUUAUAAGUAUAAAUAUACUACUCUGAGGUCAUGAAUGUUGUUGUCGUCUCUUGGCAUAGUGUACGGAUCAAGAUUCCGGCCGGGAGUGUCUAUUUCUAUAUACUGCUGUGCCUUUGUAAAUAAAAUGGAUGUUGGGAGUGUUUCUCCUAGUUCAGUUUUGUAUCUUGAUUAUGAAAUACUAGCUGGUUUCUCUUUCAUAUAAGACGCGUCGUUUACUUCUUCACAAGUUUGCCCCUGUUUGGAAGUCUUGUGACGUGUAACUUUGUAAAGGAGGUGGGAAACAAAUGAAUAUGAUUGAU